GGCAGGUGGCGCUGUGGGCUGGAUGGCUGUUUCAGCCAAGCUAUCUGGUCCCGGAGUCCAGGGCCUCCGCCGCCGACGCCACAGCCGCUUGUGCAGCUUCUGCUCGGGCUGCACGUGUACUGGCGCUGCUGGAGCUGGUGGCUCCGGGUGGCUAGGAUCUCUGGCUGGGCGCCAGCCACAGCGGUGGAGGCAGAGAUGCACGUGUUCCUGGAGGUACGCAGACAGCUGGAGAGCGCCCUGCUGAUCCUGGGAGAGCCAAAGGAAGGAGGCAUGCCCAUGGAUAUCUCUGUAACUCCAUCCUCCCUUCAGAUGAAAACCCCUGAAGGCUGCACAGAGGUCCGGCUUCCAGCAGAGGUCAGGCUUGUACCUUCUUCUAGCCGUGGGCUGCGGUAUGUUGCCGGCGACGGACUGCACCUGCGGCUGCAGGCGCAGGCAGAAUUCAGCUCAAAACUGAUUUCAAUGUUUAAUCAAAGCUCACACACCCGAGGCUGUUGCACAUUUUAUUGCCAAUCCUGUGGUGAAGUCAUAAUCAGGGACAGGAAGCUCCUUAGGGUGCUCCCCUUGCCGACAGAGAACUGGGGAGCUCUGGUUGGAGAAUGGUGCUGUCAUCCGGACCCCUUUGCUAAUAAGCCACUUGAUCCACAAGAGAAUGACUGUUUUAUUGGAGACUCUUUCUUCCUGGUGAAUUUAAGAAAUGAUCUGUGGCAGCCAAGACCUCAGCUAGCUCCAGAGGAGACGCACUGUCUUUCUUCUGAGAACCACUUUAAAUUGAAACCAAAGGCAAAUACCAAAGUAAUUUGUAAGCGUUGCAAGGUAAUGGUGGGAGAGACUAUGUCAUCAGAAACAAUUAAGUUUUAUAUGACAGAGAUGAUUAUUCAGCCAUCUGAGAGAAAUUUUCCCAUCAUACCAAGGUCUCAGUUUGUACAGAGCAUUAUCGCCCAAUGUCUGAUGGAACUCUCCUCUGCUAGAAGCACUUUUAGAUUCAUUAUUCAAGGUCAUGAUGGCAAAACGUACAUCUUGCUCUGGCUUUUAAACUCAGACAGUUUGGUGAUUGAAUCUUUGGGAAAUUCCAAAAGUGUCAAAAAGUUUCCCUUGCUGGAAGACGUAUCGAAGGCUAACUUCAGCUCUGCUUGGAAUGCCGUCAAGGUUCUGUACCAGCCAUGCAUCAAAAACAGGAAUGAAACGCUUACCAGCUCCUGGGAAAGUGACAUCAGCGUCCACUCUUUAACCCUGCCCUCUGCAACCUGCUUGGAGCUGCUGUUGAUAUUAUCAAGGAAUACCGCCAUGCUGCCUCCCUCCCUCCGCUCCAUGAAUUCCUUUCAGGUAAGGAAUUGCUCCUUUAGCAGAGUGUGAUAUCUCAGUUUUACUUGUGAUUGUUUUCUAAGGAGCCUGGCUUUCACAGGAGGUAGUAGUCCAUGGAAACCCACAUUUUCACAUAAAAUAAUAAUAAGCAUAAUGCAUGUACUAUCUUGUCUCUUUUUGAAUAAAGGAACAAAUAGAGGCUCAAAAUCAACUAGAUAAUUGUCUAGUAGUGACAGAAUCCAUACCUAACUCCAGGGUUUGUUCUCUUAAUCUUCAUCUUUUCUGCCUCUGAGAGAAAAGGCAGGAACAUUUGGCAGAGACACUGUGAAUGCCACUUCCUUUUCCCCAGAUUUGCCCUAGAACAAGGAUUUUCAGCUGGUGGCGAUAGUGUCCUACCCACUCUCAGCACCUGUUCCCUCUCUCCCUGGCCCCUCCCUCGUCACUUUCCCAUUGUCCUGAAUAUUUAUCGGUGCUCCUGGUAAAUGACAAGGUCAGAACAGAGCAGGACAAACAGAACAGCAAAUAGGGGCUGACCAGCAAGACUACUCACUUCCUGGCAGGCAGCUGAUUGUCACUAAGGAGGCAAAUGGGAAUUACAAAAUGUUAAUUAAUCACCUAAGUUGUGACCCAGUAGCUACUGACUGUGAUUGAAUACAUCUGUGACUCUUUACAACAGAGUAAUAUUCACAAGCCUUCUGAGGCUGGUGAGAAGGCCACGUGCCUUCUUGAGAAGCCAUUGUGGGUUAGCUCUGCUUCUGAAGGGUUGCUGAUGUAUCCUAAGGUAACUUCGGGAUCAGCAUACCAUUGCUUGGUGAACCUCUGUGUUAAAACAAGGGUGGAUUUUCUUAUGUAUUAUAGCUCAGUAAAUUGAUUAAAAAAAACUGCUCCAAUGUAAUUUGUAUCCAUAUUCUCAUGGUAAUUUGUUACAUUGAUUAUCUCUGUGAUUUUCCUCCUGAUAAAAAUCCAGACUUCAUUGGUCAUGGUAUACAGUACCUGUUUGUAUUUAUGAUUCAUCACUCAAUUAUCAACUUUAAUCCUGAACUCAAGGGACCUUAGAGAAUACCUUAUCAUUUUGUAGAAGAAGAAACUGAGACCCAGAGAAAUGGAGUGGGCUGGCCAGGCAUCACCCAGUGUGUUAGAGACAGAGCUGGACUCACCAGGCUUAUGCCUGGGCAACUGUGUCUGCCACCUAAAUGCAGGACUCACUGAAGGGGGGGUGUGGCAGGGCACUGUCAGUGGUACCCCUUAUUCUGUAUGAUUUAUAAUUACUUUGUUUAUUUGUAUAUUGCCCUGAACCAGAAAUGAUGUAAAAUUCUAUCAAUCCUUAUUUCUUUUAAGUUUUGCUCUUUGGAUUGAACAUUGGAUAACAUAUAAGUUUGUAUAUGUCCACAAACUUUUAUGGAGGGAGAUAAGAAACUUAACAGUGGUUACCUUUGGGGAGUGAGGCUGGUAGACAAUUAUUUUUUAUUUCCCUCCCUCAUGUCCUGUGUGAAAUUUUCACGCAGUGAGUGAGUGGGGAGCAAGAGAGAUGAAUCUGACUUCAAGGAUUUUAUACAACAUAUUGGGGAAGAUGGGACAAUUAUCCAUGUGUAAUAUAAAUUGAGAAUAAUUAUAUUACAAAGUAGCCUCAAUGCCAGUCUUAAAGCAAUUGAAGGUAAAGAGAAAUCUGAACCAGGUGUGGGGGAUUUGAGAGGAGGCUGAAUCUUCGUUUCUUCUCCAUGAGACCGGCAGAUGGUCCUGUACUCUUCAAGGGUCUCUGCUCGGGCUCUGUAAACAUGGGUGUGAAGGCCUGGCCUGUGCUUGGUGGCACUGGUGUUCUCUUCUAACACCUUUACUUACAGGAGCUUUGAGAGCUGCCAGGAUGUUAAUUACUGAAUGCCCUUCUCUGUUAGUGAUUGUGCUUCCUCUGGUCCCAGUCCAUUUGCUGAAUGUUAUCAUCAGAAGCAUAUACACUUUUCCAGCUUCAAAGGUACAGAGACUUGUCACAAUUUCAUGAACAAUGUCUGCCUAAGAGAUUUUUCUCUGUUGCUGGCCCUGGAAAGAUGCAUUCUUAUUAUGAAUAUACCAGGAAUUGACUUCCCAAUGCAGGCCUUCACUCUGAAAUAAAGGAUCAGUGAAAAGGGGAGGAUGUCUGUCAGGUUAGAAAGAGAUGCUCUGAUUCUUCAUCUGCUCAUGCUCUGAUUCUUUUAACUCCUCCUUAAUCAUUUAUUACAAUAGCACGGAAUGGGACUGCUCAUCUGCUUGUACUUGGGAUUUACUUUUUCAAUUGGGGACUCACUUGAAUGCAGUUUUUUCAAGUGCUGCAUUGGCAAGAGCUGUAAAAUAAUGGAAUGACAUUUGUCAGUGAACCACCCUUACAUUUCUAGUUCUGUUGUAAUCCAGGCCAAGUAAGUUACUGUGAGCAAUCUUUUUUUUUUGUAAAAAUGUGAUUUUCAGUUUCUGAGGAUUCAAACUGCACCCCUCCUUGAGCUGUUAUCACUGCCCAAUCCCAAAAGGAGAGGUUUAUCUCAUUAAUUGGAGCUAUGAACAUGUAUGAAAUUCUAACUUCUUAAAUUACAGUAUAACAUUUCCCUCAGGCCAAUAGGGACAUCUUUGGGUGGAUUUGUUACAAUUUUAACUUGUACUCUGUUACAGUACCUUAACAUCCCUGGUGUGACUGUGAGCAAGCAGAAUAUAGGAUUUGCUUGAGAAUCACUGAUGUAAUUGCUAGACACCUACUGCCAUUGUUGCCGUAGCCCCAAGAAGAAGGAUGGACUUACCAUGCCACUCUCUGCUUAAACUUCUUCUGUGACUUUUUAUUGCAGUGAGAAUAAAAUCCAAGCAUCUUAACCUGGCCAGCCAAGGUUGGCAACAUCUGGCCCUGCCUCACCAUUUGGCCUGCUCUCCUGCUCUCUCCCUCACACUCUGUUCCAGCCACACUGGUCUUGUUUCCUGCUGCCUGUCACAACAAGCUGGUUCUGGCCACAGAGGCUGUGCACUGGCUGUUUUCUUUGCUACCAAGAAAUAUCCUGGACCAGAUCUUUGCAUGCCUGGGCUCAUCUUUUCUUUCAGGUGUCAGUCAGGAGUCCCCACCCCUAAGAGGCCUACCCUGACACUCCUCAUCAAAUUCCCCACUCCCCACCAGCAUAUUCUAUAAUGU